GAAUUCCAGGUACUGCUGCUGUUGACUUGAGCUGUGUUUGGCACAAUUUGGAGUACAUGGUUUGUACGUGGCGUCCUGGGGAGAAUGCAAGCAGUGAUACCAACUAUACAUUGUUCUACUGGUAUGAUGGUUUGAAAAAUCAUAACAAGUGCAACAACUAUUCUAUGGGCCAAGGAAUCUUUGGAUGCGUUUUCAAUCUUCGCUUCCCAAAGGUCACCAAUACUUACCCAGCUGUAAGCAUUUUGAUUAGAGAUGAUUCUGAAGAAAUUAGGCCUGUGUGUGCAAGUAAAAAUCCUACCACCCUUGUAAAACCUGCUACACCAAGAAGAGUUACACUAAAAAAGAUUAAUGAUGCAAUACAUGUAGAAUGGAGCAAAUCAGACACCUUUCCAGAAAAUUGUUUGGUUUAUGAAGUUGAAUAUCGCAGUGGUGAUUUGGACACUGCUCAUAUAAUUGAAGUUGACAAUAAUUAUACAUCAAUUCCUAGCAUUGAUCCUAAUAGCAAGUACACCAUCAAAGUGAGAGCAAAACCAAAGCUCACGUGUUACAGCAGCAAGCUCUAUAGUGACUGGAGUGAAGAAAAGAGUAUUGGUGAGAAGACGGACUCUACAUUCUAUUUUGUUUUAAUAAUCACCAUUCCAUUAAUAGUAGCAAUAUCUACGAUAAUUCUACUAGUUUAUCUAAAAAGGCUUAAGAUACUAAUUCUUCCACCAAUUCCGGACCCUAGAGAAAUUCUUAAGCGCAUGUUUGGAGAGCAGAAUGAGGAUUCUCAGAACUGUGCAAAGGAUGAUUCUGUGAAUGCUUACGACAGGUUAGUUAAGGAAGAAGAAAUUCAUUCUGUAAUUCUAAUCGAAGCUCCAGAGUGCACUAAUUCCAAAAAAGAAAACCGAUAA